CUUGCGCAGACAGCAUUUGCUAUCAUGGAGUUGCUACAACAUCAUAGCUAGCGAAGCUUUCUAUAUUUAACAUCAUUCACAUUACUUUUUGAGGAUUGAAGUACAAGUAGUAGUAUGCAUCAAGAGAAGAAAAUAACUAGGGAAGAUACUUGGAAGGCAGAUGACCUAAGGAAACAUAUACGGGGUGGGGGACGUGAGGAGGACCAUGGCAGGAGGCGAGAGGAGUAUGAGAGACAACACAGGGGUGGCGAUUCUCUGGAGAGACGCCCACGAGACCCAGAGAGAGAGGCCAGGAGAGAAAGAGACAAGCAGAGAGAAAAGGAGAGCACUCAAGAAAGAAAAAACAGAGAGAAAGACCGACAUCUGGAUCGAAGGAAAGAGCGUUCGAACGACAGGAUAGGUGACAGGGAGGAGAGAGAGAAGGAGAGGAAAAGAGAGAAGGAUAAAGUGGUUGAUGGUAGCAAAUACCAGGAUGGGGGCAGAGAAAGUAGCGACAAAAUACAUCAUAGAGGAGAGAAGGAAAACAGAGACAGAGAGAAGGAAAGGGCACAAGAGAGUGAGAAGGACAAGGAUAGAACCAAGGAUAGAGAGAGAUACAAGCAAAGAGACAGAGAGAAAGGGGCUGAGGAGAGAGAUAGGGAGAGACGAAGAGAGGAGAGGGAAAAAAGGAGAGAGGACGAACAAAGUAUUGAAAGGAAAGAUAGGGACCGACGGCAGGAAAGCGACAGGAGAGAUGGGCACAAGGAUCGAGAACAUCUCAAAGAAAGUGAAUACCAUGACAAACGGAAGGAUAGAGAAAGGAGAGAGAGACACUCAGACAGAGAGCGUACUGUACAAAAGGAGGACAAAGAAUACAGGGAGCACCGUAGAAAAGAGAAAGAGGAGAGAGAAAGGAGACACAGGGAGACUGCACCACCCGAUGUAGCAGAAAGCCGGAGACGUGACGGUGACUCCAGAGAGGUGGCACGCAGGGAUCACAAGUCUUCCGAGGAUCGUCACCGUGCCGACGGAGAGGGGGCCGAGAGGGAUAGGCGCAGAGAGCGAAGGCGCAGAGAGGAGGUGGACCCCAAGAGGGAGAUCACUGAGAGGAGCAAAGACAAGAGAAGCCAUCAAGACCCCAAGGAAAAGAGAGAAAAUGUGGAAACAAAGGAAGUACUGGGGCAAUCAGAAUCUGUGUGGAGGUCUAGUCAGAAAGAAUUAAGUGACACAGAAGAGCCCGUUGAAAAGCAGGAUCCUCAAACAGAGAGCCAACCUGAUCAUGAUGGUGAUGCUCAGGACUAUGAAGAAGACUUUGAGGAUUACGAGGAGGAUUUCGAGGAUGGGAGUGAGAGCGGCGGUGAGGAAGAGGAGAAGCAGACCCACAGCCAGGAAGAAGAGAGAGAGGAGAGGGAAGAGAGGGAAGAACUGAACCCGCAAAGGAGGGAGCAGAUAGAAGCCAUCCAGAGAGCCAUGAAAGAAGAGAACGAGAGAGUGGGCUCCGUCCAGACGAGGCUUAGCCCAGAGGAGGAGGAGGAGAGACCCAGUAAGACCGGAGGUUCUGAAACGCUCCCUCAGCAGGGGAAAUUCAUCGACUUUGUGGCCGCAAAACACCGUGAGGUCAACAAGAAAGUCGCCUGCCAGCAGAAAAAGCGCAGUGCAGAGCUGCUCCGCCUCAUUGACUUGGACUACUCCAUCACCUUCUCCCUCCUUGACCUGCCACCUGUAAACGAGUACGACAUGUACAUCAAAAGUUUUGGGACGACCAACACCAAACAGGCUUAUGUUCAAUGUAAUGAAGACAACACCGACCGAGGCAUCCAAACUGAAGAGUUGGAAAAUAGCGAGAAGUGGACACAGCACCCUGCAGAAUGGAACGCUGUUUGUGGAGGUCCCACCCUUUCUCAAGAAGACUCACAGUCCACAACUAAGAUGAACGUCGACUCCCAGCGCCUGGCGACGUUCCUACGCUCGGCCUCCCAGGUGGUGGCUGUUCUUCUGGAGGAGGACAGAGCAGAGAGACAGUCACUCAAGAAGCUGAGGUCCCAAGCUGAUACCCUCCAGUCCUUCAGUGAUGGCUGCUUACAGCUCAACACCAGGUUGCCAUUUCUCCAUGGUCGUCCCAUCAGCCUGGUGCACUUCUCCCAGGUCCAGACACAGACCGUGCUGUCCGUCCACAGCCCCAUCCAGAAGCCCAGCGCCGUGCGUCUGGACAGCAAGACCAUCAUCUGCAUCUGGAACAUCUGGGAGCCCUCCCGCCCUCAGAAGAUCCUGGUCUACGAGUCAGAGGUGCGUAGCUGCUGCUUCAGCCCAGGUAAAGCCACGCUGGUGUUUGCCGGAACGUCCGUGGGCUCCGUGGUGCUGUGGGACCUGCGGGAGCACGCCGGGGACCACCACACCCUCAGGAUAGGGGAUAUCGACUGGACCCUCCGCCAGCCAACCUUCUCUACAGAUGCAGUGCUGGCAGCCUCGGGUCACAUGUCCUCGGUGAGCUCCGUGGAGGUGGUGCCUGCCGCCGUGUCCCAGGGCGGGGGGCCAGAGCUCCCCCUGUUGGGCAGCGACGAAGAGUCAUCAGGAUUGUCAUUCCAGUUGGCAUCACUUGACGAAAAUGGAGUUUUGAAUCUAUGGGUGGUGCUGGAGCUCCCUAAAACCAAUGAAGCAGGUUCACAGACAGACUUGGGGCUCAGGCCAGGCGGCAAAGUGAAAUUGCUCCACAGUUCCACGCUCCUCACCAGUGAGAGAAAGUCAGCACGAGAUGCCAUUAAAACAAGCCCUCCACAAGCCCUUCUCGUAAAAUUCCUGCCCUCUGAUCCCAGUCAUUUCUUUAUUGGCACUAACAUGGGAGUUGUGAACCAUGGAACCAGUCACGGACUGCAGGCCCCUCCAAAGUUCUACAGACCUAAAAUGGUCGGAGCCAGACCUGUUGAUGUCACUUCCAUCGAUUUCUCUCCUUUUGAAGAAACCUUUUUUCUGGUUGGCUGUGGGGACGGCAGUGUCCGACUCCACACUGUGGCCAGUGAGCAGCCUGUUCUUGAGUGGACAGGCAACACGGCAGGGGACCCUGUGGUCUCGGUCCAGUGGGCCCAGACCCGAGCAGCCGUCUUCUGUGUGCUGGACGCCACAUCCAACCUCCACAUAUGGGACCUCCUGGAGACAGACUUUGAGCCUGUCGUCACAGAAAAGACUGACGCCGACAGGGUUACGGCAAUGGCAGCGUUUGGCGACUCUUCAAAGCAGAACACGUUUUCAGGAAUAGCAUUAGCACGACAGUCAGGGAAGAUAGAAAUGCAGUAUUUCAGUAAACGAUUCACAGUGCCAGAUUCUGCAGAUCUGGGAAAGCUUCAGAGUUUGAAAGAGGAAGUUUUCUUAGAUUAGAAGUUCUACUUCUAACUGGGUUUGCACUCAAAUUCAUUUUUUUCAACUACUACUAUUUGCAGAUAUGAAUUGAAUGAGAAACACAAUUCAUUUUAAGAUCAAACAUUUAAUAUGGUCCGAAUGAUUGUUAAUCAACUCAGAUAUAACAGUGUUUAUGUACUAUAAGUGUUGACCACAUAGUUUAACAGAUUUGUAUUAUAAGCCUACCUCCGUAGAUCAUCAGAAAUAAGCAAUAAACAUAACAUUUUGUUGUUACUAUGUUUUUGAUCAAAUGGAAUUAAAUAAAUGUAUGUCUUUGUAUGCUCAUGCCUAUAAAAAAAAGAAGUAAUUUGACAAAAAAAAACUGAAAUACACACAUUCAGGCUGUAAAUAGCCUUUUUUUAAUCAUUUACAUGUAUUCAUUUAGCAGACGCUUUUAUCACCAAAGAAAGACAUGUUUAUCUGUAAGAGUAAGCCAUAAAUAAAGGGUACAUUGUAAAUAGGUUUUGAGUUAUGUAUAGAUCAAUUUUGUCUCCUAUGAAAUGUAUUUAUAAUGUUACAGGUUUUUGUCAUACAUUAAAUAAA